UAAGCCAAUUAUAUUGUUUUAAAAUGAUGCUUGUGGAAGUGUUGGAUAAAUCUCUCCUUUGUAAGUGACGAGUUUAUUUUAUAAGGAAAAAUCUAGAUAUUUAUUAUCAUUUAUAGUGACGUGACAGUUAAUAAUUAAAUAAUAAUAAGUGUUAAUCUGGUAAAUAGGUACAACAAUCUGCGUGACUUGAAAUAAGUACUUUCUAUUAUUGAUUUCAAAAGCGUUUCAAAAGGCAGUCCAAGUCCAGCUAAUUAUUUGUUUCUUAUUGAGGACAAUAAUGGAACAAAGAUAAUGGAAAAUGCAAUGACCACAAACAUAUUGCAUGGAAGUACGUAACAGUGAUAUGACCAAACUGGGCUGGGCCAUGCAUUUUGUAAAUGAAUGUACUAUCAAAGACCAAAGAUAAAUGAUCAUGAAACGACAUUUCAAUAACCAAGCAUCAAUAAUUUAAUGCAGGAGAAGAUGCAUGGUGUAUACCAUCAGAUUUCUUGAUUUCCACCAAUUUUUUGUGGUGUGCUAGGCUUCCACGACGCAUAAAUUUCUUGUUUUUAACAGAGGGGAAUCAGUAGUUCAUCAGAUCAUUGAGGAGGUAAAAUGAAGAAACAAGAAAAUGUUUGUGAAACCCAGGUUCUGGUAUUGCCUUUCCCAGUCCAAGGUCACGUUAACCCAAUGCUACAGUUCUCAAAACGCCUGGUUUCCAAGGGUCUGGAAGUCACACUACUUACCUUCACUGGCAAUAAGCCUUUGGCAGUGCAGGACGGUCCUGUCAAACUUGAGCCUAUUUCUGAUGAUCUUGAAGCAGACAAUUUACUAGUAGAAAGUCCUGAUGCAUAUCUAGAGCGUUUCAAAGCAGUUGUGACACUAAGACUACCUCAGAUCAUUGCUAAACUAGGCAUGUCUAAGUCUAACCACUCAGUCAGUUGCCUAAUUUACGACUCAGUCAUCCCAUGGGCACUCGACAUAGCCAAACAGCAAGGCCUCCAUGGAGCUGCAUUCUUCACUCAAUCGUGUGCGGUCAAUACCAUCUUCUACAACGUCCAUGAAGGAUUGCUCAAGGUUCCACUUGCUGCUCAGUCCUCUUUCUCGAUUGUUGGCUUGCCACUACUUGAAGAAUACGACCUGCCAACUUUUGUUUAUGACAUAGGAGCCUAUCCAGCCUUAACACACCUGUCAGUGAAUCAGUUCUUAAACUUCAGAAAAGCUGACUGGGUUUUGGUUAAUACUUUCACUAGCUUAGAAGAGGAGGUACUGAGCUGGAUGGGAAGCCUGAGGUCAAUCAAGACAAUUGGACCUACAAUUCCAUCAAAGUACCUAGACAAACGGCUGGAGGAUGACAAGGAUUACGGCAUACACCUCUUCAAGCCUGAGAUCGACAUAUGCAAUAACUGGUUAAACUCUAAGGAAACAGGCUCAGUUGUUUACGUAUCAUUCGGAAGCUUGGCGGCCCUAGGAGAGGAGCAAAUGAAAGAUCUAGCAUUAGGUCUAAAGGGAAGCAACAGCUACUUCCUGUGGGUAGUUAGAGAAACUGAGAAGAAAAAGCUUCCUGCCAACUUCUUAGAAGAGAGUUCAGAGAAAGGGCUGGUAGUGUCUUGGAGUCCUCAAUUAGAAGUCUUAGCUCAUAAGGCAGUCGGUUGCUUCAUGACUCAUUGCGGAUGGAACUCGACACUGGAGGCAUUAAGCUUGGGGGUGCCUAUGGUAGCAGUGCCACAAUUUUCAGAUCAAACAACAAAUGCCAAACUUGUUGCCGAUGUAUGGCAGGUGGGAAUAAGAGCUCGGAUGGAUGACAAAGGAAUCAUCACAAAGGAAGAGAUAGAACGGUGCAUAAGGGAAAUCAUGGGAGGAGAUAAAAGUAAAGCUAUAAAAUGGAAUUCAGAUAAGUGGAAGAAACUGGCCGUACAGGCAGUCAAUGAAGGGGGAAGCUCAGACAAGAAUAUAGAUGAAUUUGUAGCUCAACUUAGAUGUAAAUAGCAUCUAUUUCCAUCU